CCGAUCGCCCAAGAGGCUAACAAGCAGAUCUGUGGUGAAGAGGAUAAAACUAAAAAGAAACAUACUGUAUCCGGAUUCCUGGACGACGGCUGAGAGUCAGACCUCCAGAACAAUAACAACCAAUUACGGUCACCAUGAACCACACACCGAUAUACAAGCUGGUUAACAGGCAGUGGAAAACAUUACCUGAUCAAGGAGAUACUGAUGUAUAUAUUAGAGAUCCUAAAUUAAAGCAAGGACAUCUGGGGAACCUGAAUAAGAAAUCUGUUAUUGAGUUGGAAGAGGUGCUAAUGAGACAACAACAUGUGCUGAACAAUAGAUCUCUCAUAUCCAAACUCAAAGAUAAAGGACAGAGUUUAGAAAAACGUCUCCAAGAAAUUGCUGCCGCCCUUAAAGAUGCUCGGGAAAGAGAGAGGAACUCGAUGGAGGAAGAAGCCCUUACUGAUGCAUGUGCAUUAGAAUGGCGUAAUUGUAGCAGGAAUGGUGUCAAGAGUGAAGCCCCUCUAGAUAGUGAUGAUGAUUUAGAGGAGUGUGAGGAAAGACUUGACCCACUGAAACUUAUGGCAAAUCAUUCUUCUACCGUAAAGAAAUAUUCACAAAAAACUCCUCGAAACAAAUGUGAAGAAGAUGAUCCAGUGGAUGUCAUAGCACAAGAAUUGAAAAAAUUGGAGCUUCAAGAUCAAAGAGAACAGACUUCAGAAAUAUUUGAAGAUUUUGGAUCUAAACGGAACCACAUGUUGGAUAAAAAACAUAAAAAGAAUGGACCUAUUAGGGAGUCAUUUAAACCAUUCAGAUACUACAAAACCAAUAAUCUAGAGUGUGGCUCAGUGUGCCCUGUGUCUCUCCCCUGCAGGCCAGUCUACUAUACGCAUUUCACAGCAAGAGUCUCUGAAACUUGAACAUGAUUUCAUUGCUAAAGAGAAUGAAAGAGUGUUUAAAACACAGAAAAAUAGAGUAAGAUGAAAGCGAGAUA